AUGUCUCGCGACAUCAACACGGCCCCCCAGCCGCACGACGCCAUCCACAUGGAGAAGGGCGCUCCCCACAUCAGCCAGUACAACGAUGUCGCCCUCGAUGACAAGGUCCUCAACUCCGAAGCCGCUCAGGCUACCGACGUCGAACACAGCUUCGGCGUCUGGGAGGGUCUGAGGACUUACAAGCGCGCCGCCUUCUGGUCCAUUCUCAUCUCAACCACCGUCAUCAUGGAGGGCUACGAUGUUACUCUGCUCAGCUCUUUCUACGGUUACCCAGCAUUCCGAUUGAAGUACGGUGAAUUCCUCGAUGACGAGCACGGAUACCAGAUCUCCUCCAUGUGGCAGCAGCGCUUCAACUGUCUCGGUGCCUUGGCCAACAUUAUCGGCGCUUUGCUCAACGGAUACCUCACCCCCAAGAUCGGUCACCGCUGGAUUCUCAUCGGAUCACUUUUCUGGCUCAGCGCUUUCGUCUUCGUCGUCUUCUUCGCUCACAACAUCGAGGUGCAGUUGGUGGGCCAGGUUCUGUGCAACGUCCCCUGGGGUGUCUUUGCUACCACUGGUCCAGCCUACGCUGCUGAGGUCACGCCACUGGCCAUUCGUGGUUACCUCACCUCAUACGUCAACCUGUGCUGGUGCAUCGGCCAGUUCAUUUCUGCCGGUGUUCUCAAGGGUCUCGUCAACCGAACUGAUGAGUGGAGCUACAAGAUCCCCUUCGCGAUCCAAUGGAUCUGGCCCAUCCCUCUGGCAAUCGCCGCGUACUUGGCGCCUGAGUCUCCCUGGCAUCUGGUGCGCGCCGGUAAGCUCGAGCAAGCCAAGAAGUCUCUGGAGCGACUAUCGGAGCCGGAGCACAACCUCAACCAUGAGAACACGAUUGCUAUGAUGGUCCACACCAACAAGCUCGAGAUCCAGGAGCAGGAGGGCGCCAGCUUGUUCGACUGUUUCAAGGGCACAAACCUGCGACGUACCGAGAUCGCCUGUAUGGCUUUCAUGUCCCAAAUCACCAACGGUGGCGCGCUCUGUUACUCUGGCUCCUUCUUCUUCCAACAGACUGGUAUUGGAGAGGACGCCUCGUACGGUAUCAGCUUGGGAGGCACCGGCAUUGCCUUCAUUGGUACCAUUAUCUCGUGGUUCUACAUUUACAAGCUUGGUCGUCGCACCAUCUGGCUCGCCGGCUUUGCUUUCCUCGUUCUCAUCCUCUGGAUCAUCGGCUUCUUGUCCGUCGCCCCCAAUCAGAAGGGAGGCAUCAUCUGGGCGCAGUCCCUUCUCUGUAUCGUCUGGCUCGGUGCCUACUCCAUGUCCGUCGGCCCCAUCGUCUACACGCUCGUGUCCGAGGUCGGAUCUACACGUCUCCGUACCCAAACUGUCGUGCUGGCUCGCAGCACAUAUUACGUCGGCAACGUCAUUUGCGGUGGCCUGAUUCAACCGAAGAUGCUUGCGCCCGGUGACUGGAACUUGAAGGGAAAGACUGCAUUCUUCUGGGCUGUUCUCGCGACUCUCACUCUCAUCUGGGGAUACUUCCGUCUGUUCGAGACCAAGGGCCGUACGUUCGGUGAGAUGGAUGUCAUGUUCCAGAAGCGCAUCUCGGCCCGCAAGUCGGCCAAGUACCAGCUUACCCAAGAUGAAGUCUUCUUGGCCGAGCAGACCCACGAUGUCGGGGGCCGAACAGAGAAGAUCUGA